AUGUUCGGUAGAGUGAGUGAGUCAGACGAGAAAGACGGGGUAGUGAGGGGUAAUGGGGAAGGGAAUGAGGCUGACGUGGCUGGUCUCGAGAAUGAGGUGGAGAGGAUGAGGGAUGACAUGGAGAAGGUUAAGGUUGAGGUGGCAGGAAGGGCAAAAGUAGAGGAGGAAAGGAAAAAAGCCAUCAAUAGCCUGAGGAAGGAGGUCGAGGGUCUGAAGUACGGAAGUAGUGAUGUAAGGAAGUGCCUGGACGAGCUGAAGGCUGAGAUGAAGGCAGAAAUGGCUAUGUUGGUGGAGGAGCGGGAGAAGAGGAUAUUGGGCAAGUUGGAUCAGUUGAGGUGUGAGGUGGAAGAGGGAAGGGCGGAGGAGGCAGGGAGGAUAAGGGAGUUGAGGGAGGAGGUGGAGGCGGGAAAGGUUGAGGUGGCUUGGAGGUUGGGUGAGUUGCAGCAACGCCUGGAUGAGAGGAAAAUGGAGGCAAGUGGUGGUGCGGCCGGUGCAAUGGAUGGCGGGGAGUGGGUGGAAGUGUUGAGUGCACGGAUGGAGAACUUCCGGGAAGUUGCUACGAGGGUUGAGGGGGAAAUCCAAUCUCUGUGGGAGGUGUUCCACAGUGCUGGGCUGUGA